AUGCGGUCCAUGUUGCCGAAAUUCAAUUUUGUUAUCUGCUCCAUUGAAGAGUCCAAAGAUCUGGAUACUCUUUCACUUGAUGAAUUGCGAAAUUCUUUGAUGGUUCAUGAGCAGAAGAUUGUUCAACAGGAUGUAGAAGAGCAAGCAUUACAAGUAACCAUAACCUCCAAAGAUUCUGGGUGCAGAAGGCGCAAGUGUAAGGGAAGAAACUCAGAGAAAACUGAAAAGGGAAAUCGAAAAAAAAAAUGGUAUGGUCAUUACCGUUUUGAAUGUCGUACAAAUCUGAAAAAUGUACGUGGGGAGAACUCUAAUUUUGUAGAAGUAAUUGAGGAGGAAGAAGUCUCUUUGUUAAUGGUGAGCCAAUCCUCAGAACAAUACCACAAAAGUUUAUGGUAUUUAGACACGAGCUGUAGCAACCAUUUGUCUGGAGAAAAAUCUGCAUUUUCUGAACUAGAUGAAACUUUUCUCACAAUAGUCAAGUUUGGGGAUGAUUCCCACCUGAAAACAAAUCUUAUAGGUGUGGGUCAACUUCAAGAGAACGGCUACGAAGUGUCUAUCAAGCAUGGAAUUUGCAGGAUCCUAGAUUCUAAUCUUGGAUUGAUAGCUGAAGCUAAGAUGACGACAAAUAAGCUUUUCCCACUUGAUAUGCAUAAUAUUAGCUCUACCAAUUUUUGUUUUUCAACAAAGGUGAAUAGUCAAGCAUGGAUUUGGCACUACAGGUAUGGGCAUUUGAAUUUUGGAGGACUGAAAAUGUUGCAGCAAAAGAAGAUGGUUAUGGGUCUUCCUAAUCUUGAUAUGCUUGUAGAUAUUUGUGAAGAUUGUGUCAUUGGAAAGCAAUCCCGCGAUUGCUUUCCAAAACGAAAAGCAUGGAGAGCUAAAAGAAGUUCUUCUCGUGCUAAUCAGAAUAUGACACCACAAGAAGCUUGGAGUGGACAACAACCGGAUGUUCAACACUUAAGAGUGUUUGGGUGCAUUGCAUUUGCUCAUGUUCCGGAUCAGAAAAGUACAAAGCUUGAUGACAAAGCCAAUAAGUGUGUUUUCAUGGGUGUUAGCAGGGAGUCAAAAGCUUACAAGAUGUACAAUCCUAUCAUCAAGAUGGUGAUUAUCAAUUGUGAUGUGGUGUUUGAUGAAGAUAAUUUUUGGUCAUGGGAAGAAAAGCCAAACAACCAACAACUUCAUUUGGAUCUUUACGAUGGAGAUAAGGAGCAAUAG